AUGGUGGAACCCUUCUACGACGUGAUAUUCAAGCAAGCUUUAGUAAUAGACAACGGUUCUGGCUUAAUAAAGGCAGGUCUAGCAGGCGAAGAACGUCCAUCAUUGGUAUUCCCUUCAUAUGUAGGCCGUCCAAAGUACAAAAAAGUGUUACCAGGCUCAAUGCACGAGCCUGAAUAUUUCGUAGGCUCAGAAGCAGAACAAAAUCGAGGCCUUUUAAAGCUGAGAUACCCAUUGGAGCACGGAAUUGUUGAGAAUUGGACUGAUAUGGAGAAUAUUUGGCGUUAUAUCUACAACCAAUUAGGCACAAUGCCUCAAGAUCACCCAGUUUUGCUGACAGAAGCUCCUUUGAACCCUUAUCAAAAUCGUGAAAGAGCUGCAGAAAUUUUUUUUGAAACCUUUAGCGUCCCUGGAAUUUUUAUUGCUGCGCAAGCUGUUCUAAGUUUAUAUGCAAGUGCAGCAACCACUGGAGUAGUUUUAGACUGUGGGGAUGGCGUAACCCAUGUAGUUCCUGUCUACGAUGGCUUUUCUCUCUCCCACGCUACAACUCGCAUUGAUUUGGCAGGCCGCGAUGUCACAGAGCAUUUACAACUGCUCCUCCGAAGGUCUGGCUACAUUUUCAACACUUCUUCAGAGUUUGAGCUCGUAAAGCAAAUUAAAGAAAAGAAUUGCUAUGUCGCCACAAUUUAUAGCAGCGAGGACAAAUUUAUGGACGACUCCAACAAAAAUCCUAGCACUUAUUUAUUGCCAGACGGCAGGCCGAUUAACUUAGGAGCUGAAAAAUACAGAGCCGCAGAAAUCCUAUUUUCCCCUGACAAGGUAGGCCUAGAAUAUGCAGGCGUCCAAGAGUGCUUGAUAAAUUCUAUCCAGAAAGCUGACAUAGACCUCAGAAAAACACUAUAUUCCUCUAUAUACCUAGCAGGCGGUACCACAAUGAUGCCAGGAUUUGGUGAAAGACUGAUGAGUGACCUGAGAAGGCUAAGUCCCAAAGAAGUAAAAAUAAAGAUCACAAUUCCUCCAGAAAGGAAACUAACGUGCUGGCUUGGCGGUUCCAUCCUCUCCUCAUUAGCAGCCUUCAAGAACAUGUGGAUUAAAAAGCAGCAGUACGAAGAAGAAGGCAAGAGAAUUCUUCACUCUCGUUCAUUUUAA